AUGAACAAUCUCGGUAACUUGGCCAAAAAGACUGGCCCAACGUGGAGUAGAGAGUUCGAUCUGCUUAUUCGAUCAAUUGGAGAGUGCAAGUCAAAGGCAGAGGAGGAUGCCAUAAUAGCUCGUGAAGUAGAUUUGCUGAAGCCUAGGCUGAAAGAUGCAAAGAUCGAUAAGCGUUCUCUCAAGGAAGUCCUGGUCAGACUCACCUAUGUUGAAAUGCUGGGACACGAUGCUUCCUGGGGUCAUGUCAAGGCUCUUCAAGCGUGCAGCGAUACCAAUCUUCUCACAAAGAAGGUUGCCUAUCUUGCUUCCGGACUUUUCCUCGAUUUCAGGAGUGACCUGAUCAUUCUGGUGGUCAACACACUGACUCAGGACCUCAAGUCUGACAACUACCUUGUAGUCUGCACAGCGCUGGCUGCAGCUGGGAAGCUUAUCGGCCCAGACCUCAUCAAUGCAGUGCUGCCAGCUGUGACUGGGCUGACGAACCACCCCAAAGACCUUGUGAGGAAGAAAGCUGUGAUGGCAUUGCAUCGCUUUCAGCAGUUGGAUCCGCACCAUGAAGGGCCGCUGGCUGGUGCUGACCUUGACAAGUACUACAGACAGGCCCUCUGCGACAAGGACCCUUCUGUCAUGAGCGCUGCUCUUUGCGCCCUGCUUGAAGUUGUUGCACUGGAUCCCAAGCCUUACAAGAAUCUCAUCCCCAGCUUCAUCAGCAUACUGAAACAGGUGGCAGAGCACAGGCUUCCAAAGUCCUAUGACUACCACAGGACGCCAGCUCCAUUUCUUCAGAUAAAGCUGCUCAAAAUCCUGUCCUAUCUGGGAGCGGGAGACAAGACUGCCAGUGACAACAUGUACGCCAUUCUCGGCGACAUUCUGCGCAGAGCAAACACCGGCCACACAAUCGGCAACGCCAUAGUGGCCGAGUGCGUGCGCACCAUCACAGCCAUCUACCCCAAUCCAGCCCUGCUGCAAGCUGCUGCGGAGAUGGUGUCCGGCUUCCUCAAAUCCACCAGCCACAACCUGAGAUAUGUGGGCAUUGACUCCCUGGCGCGCAUAGUGCGCAUAAAUGCCAAGUACGCUGUGGAACACCAACUGGCUGUUAUCGACUGCCUAGAAGACCCCGAUGACACCCUCAAGAAGAAGACCCUCGAGCUGCUCUACAAGAUGACCAAGCCCGGCAACGUGGAGGUGAUUGCCGAGAAGCUUCUGGAUUACUUGCGCACGACAACCGACGAGGGGCAGAAGGCUGAGGUGGCAAAGCGCAUCGGGGAGCUGGCCGAGCGUUUUGCUCCAGACACCCAGUGGUUCAUCGACACCAUGAACAAGGUGUUUGAGUUGGGCGGCGAUGUGGUGGCGCCGUCGUUGGCGCAUGGGCUGAUGCGGCUGAUAGCGGAGGGCGCCGGCGAGGGUGACGAGGCGGCAGAUGCCGAGCUGCGGGCGCAGGCGGCCGCCGCCUACAUGCAGCUGCUCAGCAAGCCAAAGCUGCCGAACAUCCUGCUCAAGGUGAUCUGCUGGGUGCUGGGGGAGUACGGGGGACUGGCGCCGGGUGGACCGGCAGCGGUGGUGGAGCGGCUGGUGGACCUGGCGGAGGGAACAGCUCUUCCGGAGGAGGUGCGCGGCUACCUGCUGGCCGCGCUUGCCAAGCUCCACGCGCAGGGCGGCCUCCCGCUGGCGCCCCCGGCCACGCAGCUGCUGCACGACGCCGCCUCCUCCCACAACGUUGACCUGCAGCUGCGCGCUUUGCAGACCCAGGCGCUCCUCGAGGGCCCGGCGUCGACCAGGCAGGGCGCGCUGCCAGCAGAUGCAUCGUGCGAGGACGUGGACGUGGACCCGUCGCUGCCCUUCCUGGACGGCUUCGUGGCGGCUGCGCUGGCCAACGGCGCUGCUCCCUACAUCUCCGAGCAGGAACGCUUUGCCAUGGGCGUCGUGCGGCCCUCCCACCACGAUGAGGUGAGCCCUGCAUCUUACCCUCUUGUUGGGAACUCCGCAUCUGCAUGGAGAUUUCAAAUUCACUGA